UGAGUACUAACUGGAUGGAGCUGCUGGAUGUAUUUAUUCAAGACAAAAAAAUUAUAUUGAAAAUUUUAUAAAACAAGUGAAAACGCUAUAGGAAAGAGGUGGAAAGAGGAAACACUAGCAGUAUACUAAAAGUGUGAAAAAUAAACAAUUAAAACAAUUUUAAAUAAAUAAAAAAAAAAACUUAUACAAAAAUCGAAAUUAUAAAAAAUAUAAUAUCUAAAUUUAAAUAAAAAAAUAAUACGAUUUCAUUAAAUUUAUGGUUUAAUAAAUUACUAAAUUCUUAUAAAAAAAACAACAACUGUUUAAAUUGCCAAGUAUUAAAAAAUUUUAAAUUUCAAAACUCUAAUAAAACAAUUUUAUUAAAAAAAAGUCUGCGCAACGUGUUUUAACUCAUAAAAAUUAACUGUUCCAGAAUUUUUUGGCAAAGCGCAUGAAAUUGCAAAAUGAAAUUUCAUAUAUAUUUUGUUGUUCUACUAUUUUUCAUGAAAAAAGGCAAUGCUGACUACAUUCAAUGCUACGUAUGUGAAGAUUGCGAGGAAAAUGAAGGCGAACUAGUGUCCUGUGCACUUCUUGGAGAGUUACAACUAAUAGACACAAUAGUAGAGACCACAGCAGAGACCGCUGUGAUCAUCAGCACCACUCAGACGACAACCACAGCAAAUGAAAUCAAUUAUACCACAUCAGCUAAUUUUGAGAAUCCGACGUCAACGACUGCAGCAGUCACAUCCGCCAAUUUUGAGAAUCCGACGUCACCGACUGCUGCAGUCCAACAAAAUCUAACUACAGUUAGUAUACCCAAUGCUAUUGAAUCCAUAGAAUCUUAUGAGGACAUGGAGUGGGAGCGAGAAAGCGCAGAAUCGCCAAUACCACCUCAUAUAGAAACGACGAAUGGAACGAAUGCGGAAAUGGAAACUUUGUUAGUCAACGCAACUGUGAUUUCGGCCAAUGAGACCGUCAAGCCAACUGAAGAAGAAAGCACAAUGCUGUUAGCAGAAACUGCGCCAAACUUGUUGAUUAAUUUGACCAACACUCUACAACAAAAUAUUACCACGAAUACUACAGAAGUGCUUGGACUGAAUGCAACUACAAGUGAUAAUUUCUUGAACUUAACUACAGUUGCCACAGCACCCAAUGCCACCUCGGCAACAAUACCCUGGAGUGAAAGUUCUGAGAACAACACUGCUACGAUCGAAACUACAGUUGCAGAUUCCCUAAAUAAUUCGUUAAACGUAAAUUUUACAACUACAAUUACAGAGGUAUUGAAACUAAAUGAAACAGAGUCCACGAUUUUCGAAGCAGUAAAUGAAACAACAGUAUUUAACACAACUGCCGUAAGUUCUGCAGGUGAAACAACAUCAGUUAAUAAUAUGAACGUUAGUUCUAGCAACGAAACGUCUACAGGGUUUUCGAUAUUGGGCAAUGAGUCGACAAGCUCAUUGGAGCUUAACGAAAAUACAACAGGCGUUAGUUCUAGCAACCCAACAACUGCGGGGAUGUCGAUAUUGCAAAAUGAAAGCAUAAGUUCUGUGGAGCUUAGUGCAACAACACAAGUCAAUACAACAGCUCUGAAUGCUGGCAAUCUAACAAGUACAGAGAUUUCAAUAUUAGGAAAUGAGUUCACGAACUCUGUAGGACUUAAUGGUACAAUACAAGUCAAUACAACAACCAUUAAUUCUUCGAAUGGUACAAUUACAGUCAUGCCGGUAUUAGAAAACGAGAACUCGAGUUCUUUGGGGCUUAAUGGUACAAUAGAAAACAUUACAACAACCGAAAGUUUCGGAAAUGUAAUAACUACCGGGAUAUCGUUAUUAGAAAACGGAAACGCGAAUUCUGUCGAUCUUAAUGGUACAACAGCCCUAACUGCUGGGAAUGUAACAACUACCGAGAUUGCGCCAUUGGAAUCCACAAGUUCCGUGGGUCUUAAUGGCACAACACAAAUCAAUACAAUAGCUAUAAGUUCAGGCAACCUGAUCACUGAGAUGCCAAUAUUGGAAACUACUAUGGGAGCAAAUGAAACAACACUAGGCAGUGAUCUAGCUCUAAAUUCUGGUAACGUGAUAACAACAGGCGACUCGACAUUAGAAAGUGGGUUCAUGAAUUCCACAUUCACAUUAGAAUCAGGUAAUUCUACAGUUCCUGGAAUAAUGGAACUAACCAAUACCAACAGUGGAAUUGUUUCUAGUGCAAUAUUAACUGCAAACACUAAUGGUAUGCUACAAAAUGUGAACGGUAUGCUGCAAAAUAUAACCACAACAGCACUUUUGCCAAAUUUAAUAGCCAAUGAAACAGGCGAUGUUACAAGUGAAGCAAUUCAACUUAACGGUACAGCAGAGUCUCAAACAAAUGCGCCAACAAUAUUAUCAAAUGUCAACAUUACAACAGUUGCAACAACUGUAAAUAAUACACAAACUGGAGCUGGAUGGACUAUUUCCGAAGAAUAUACGAACGAAGAUGAGGAUGAUAACUUUUUGGAUUCUGAAGACGACGUUCGCAAACGCUCGAAGAAUUUAGGAAAGCUACGCGCUGAAAGGUAUACUAGAAAUGCUGGGGUAUCAACAGUCAACGCCAUUCAGGAGUCUACGAAGUUCCUGGUUAAGCAAAACCCUACAGACUUCUUGCUCAACAAAUAUAGUAAACUGAGGCACAUAGCAGGACAGAAGCAAGUGAACAUAACCUAUAAAUGUUACACUGUGCGCGUUAAAGGUGAAAAUAAAGUGCAAAUCAACAAAGGCUGCAUCGCAGUACCUGCAAAUCGAACCGCCUGCGAGUUGCUAGCAACGAAGUAUGGCGAGGGUGCAUUGCAGGAUUGCAAAGUGUGUUUGGAGAGUAAAUGUAAUAAUCGCAGCAGCAGCAAUGAUUUGAAAAUUUCUUUUGCAAGUAUAAUCUUAACGGUUUUAGGCGCUUGGUUACUCAGUUAAGAUUUCAAUGUCUGCACAACAUUUUCUUCAAUUUAUUGCAAACAAUUCAUAUUUAACAGUUUCAACUGUAUAACCGAAAAAUAACCGAUAUUUUUUGCUUUCUCAUUUCAAAUAAAUUAACAAAUGAAC